AUGACGAAGAUGAAGAAGGUAGAAAGACCCCGACCCAUAUUCGACAGAGGAGGUUUAGACAAGUCCAAAUAUUGUGCCUUUCAUGACGGACCGGGUCACACUACUGAUCAAUGCUGGGAUGUUCGAGAUGUUGUGGAGAAAUUCGUUAGAGAUAGAAGAUUACGCCACAAGGAUGAAAGGAACCAAAAAGAUGAUUCCAAUCAGGAUGAGUUCCCGGAAGCAGAAUUUGACUGCGAUGUAAUUAGUGGAGCCCUUGGAGGAGGAGGAGACACUGUAAGUGCCAGAAGAAAGUAUUUGAAAGAGGAAUCCAUAGGAUGCUAUUUUGACACAGUCAAAGAGAAUAAAGACAGACAUUCGAGUCCUCCUCGGAUUUAUCCGGGGGACAAACUCGGCAGGGAGACAAUUCCUCACUAUUCAAGGAAGCCCGUUAACGUGGUUGAACUUGACAUGAGAGAAGAAAUAAUCUCGAGGCCUGAGCCUGAUGGAGAAUUAGAAGAUCUUGCAUUGGGAAAGAACCAGGUCAAUUUACCCGAAUUGGAUCUUGAGCAUACUUUUCAAAAACUCAGGAAGUAUCGCAUUCGUUUAAACCCGGUAAAAUAUGCGUUUGGAGUUCCAGUUGAGAAGUUUUUGGGUUUCAUGUUAACCCAUAGAGGAAUUGAAGCAAACCCAGACAAGUGUAAAGCAGUGCUUGAUAUGAAGAAAGGCUGGAAUCCAGAAUGUCAAGCCGUGUUUGAAAAAGUCAAGAAAUGUUUGGCAACCCUACCAGUACUCUCAAAGCCAGAACUAGGAGAUACUCUAAUCCUAUACCUGGCUGUGGGUGAAGAGGCAAUAAGUGCUGUCCUGAUCAAGGAAACUGAUAAAGACCAAGAGCCGAUUUAUUUCACCAGCAGAGCCUUGCAAGGUGCAGAGGUAAGAUAUCAAAAGCUGGAAAAGGUGGCCUUUGCUUUGCUGAUCACGACUAGAAGAUUGCGGCCAUAUUUCCAGGGACAUCAAAUAAUAGUGCGGACUAAUCAACCUAUACGGCAGGUGUUACACAAGCCGGACCUUACAGGACGAAUGACUAACUGGGCAAUUGAGCUCAGUGAGUAUGACAUAAUAUAUGAAAGUCGAAAGGCCAUCAAGUCACAAGCUCUGGCCGACUUCAUAAUAGAGCUAACACCGGUGAACCCGGAACAUAGCGAAUCUGGGAAUGCAUGGAAGGUCUACGUAGAUGGAUCCUCCAACGAUAAAGGAAGUGGAGCUGAAAUCAUAUUCGAAAGCCCAGAAGGAGUGACAAUAGAACACUCCUUGAAUUUGGAAUUCCCAACUUCGAACAAUCAAGCAAAGUAUGAAGCUUUGAUAGCCGGAUUAAUGCAGGCUAAGGAACACGAAGCUAAGAAGGUAAAAAUUUUCAGUGACUCACAAUUGGUAACUUCACAGAUAGAAGGAAAGUAUCAGGCCAAAGGCCUUCUCCUGAUGAAAUAUCUGAGCAAGGUUCAGGAGAUGAUGGCCGAUUUCGAUGAAGUGCAAGUUAUUCAUAUUCCUCGAGGGGGAAAUUGCCGAGUUGAUAUCUUAUCUAAAUUGGAAAGUACCAAAAAUUCAGGUAACCACAGAAUCGUGAGGCGACCCAUAGUGGCAUACCUUGAGAAAGAAAUAUUGCCAGAGGAUCGACUGGAAUCCAGGAAGCUGGUCCGAGAUACAACACAAUACACAAUUGUGAAUGAUCAGCUGUUUAGAAAGGGGUUGCAUGUCCCCAUGCUGAAAUGCUUGAACUCGGAAGAAGCAGAAUAUGUUCUGGCCGAGAUACAUGAACGAAUAAAUGGACAUCACAUGGGAGGCAAAACUUUGGCUAGAAAGGCCCUCCGAGCUGGUUAUUAUUGGCCAACUAUGGAGGCAGACUCAAAAGAACAUGUCAAGAGAUGUGACAGUUUCCAGAAACAUGCCAAACUAAUUCUUUCAUCACCUGAAGAACUGAAAUAUAUAUCGACUCCAUGGCCCUUUUUCAAAUGGGGAAUGGAUUUUUUGGGACCCUUCAAAGCUGCUGAAGGACAAUUAAAGUAG